AUGUUUUGUGGAAAACUGGUCCUCCAUCUCAACGUCCAGACAGGACGCUGGGAGCCUGAUGCCAUCAACACUCGCACCUGCUUUCGUACCACGGAGGAGAUCCGGAGCUACUGCCAGGAGGUAUAUCCAGAGCUGCAGAUCACUAAUGCUGUGGAAGGGACGCAGCCAGUUACCAUAGACAAUUGGUGCAAGAAGGGCCGGUCAUUAUGCAAAGGCCAGAUGCACAUUGUGGUACCCUACCAGUGUCUUGUGGGCGAGUUUGUGAGCGAAGCACUUCUUGUACCAGACAAGUGCAGAUUCCUACACCAAGAGAAAAUGGACUCCUGUGAGACCUACUUGUAUUGGCAUAGUGUGGCUAAAGAGGCCUGCAGUGGUGAACAUCUUGAGCUACACAGCUAUGGCAUGUUACUACCUUGUGGAGCUGACCGUUUCCGAGGUGUGGAGUAUGUGUGCUGCCCCUCACGCCCACCAGCCAUCAGGGUGGAACAAUCUACAGAGGCUCCCCCUGUGGUUGCCCAUUUAAGGGAGGAAGCCCUGCGCAGCAAUAAAGUACCAACAGGACGUAUUCCAACAGAGGAAGAAAGCUUGGAAUUGGAGGAAGACAGGAAUAUGGAUGGAGAAGAGGAAGAGGAGGUAGAAGAAGAGGAAGAAGAGGAGGAGGAGGAGGAAGAAGAAGAGGAAGAGAUUCCUGGAGAGAGUGUUCCUGACUCUAACCUCUUCCAUGCUGCCAGGGAUGACUAUUUUGUGGAACCAGAAUACUACGAUGACAGCAUCACUCAGACCACCAUCACCACUACAACUCAGACCACAGAAGAAGAUGUCAAAGUGACCCCAACCCCUCGCCCAACAGAUGGGGUGGAUGUUUAUUUUGAAAUGCCUGGAGAUGGGAAUGAGCACGCCAACUUCCUGAGAGCGAAGAUGGACCUGGAGGAGCGUCGUAUGAAACAGAUCAAUGAGGUAAUGAAGGAAUGGGCUGAAGCAGACAACGAAGCCAAGAACUUGCCUAAAACAGACCGGCAAGCACUGAAUGAGCACUUCCAAUCUGUCCUGCAGACACUGGAAGAGCAGGUGGCUGGAGAGCGCCAGCGGCUGGUGGAGACUCAUCUGGCCCGUGUAGUAGCGUUGCUUAAUGAUAACCGUCGUGCAGCACUGGAGAAUUACUUAACUGCUGUACAGAACGACCAUGCCCAGCCCGACCGCAUCCUGGCAGCUCUGAAGAGAUAUGUACGGGCCGAACAGAAAGAUCAGCGCCACACUCUCCGCCAUUACCAGCACGUGGCAGCAGCUGAUCCUGAAAAGGCCGAACAAAUGAAAUUCCAGGUGUAUACUCAUCUCCAUGUCAUUGAGGAACGGAUGAACCAAAGCCUUGCAUUACUAUACAAGAAUCCCCAGCUAACUCAGGAGCUCCGAGGAGACAUAGAGGAGCUGCUGCGAUCUGAACGGGUGUCCACCAAUGAUCUGCUUACUACCUCCAUCUCCGAGACCCGCACCACAGAAGAGUUUCUACCCAUGGACAGUGGUGAGGAUCUAGCUGCUGAGAGCCGUGAUGGAGAAGAUUCUGAAUCGGUCGACAAGAAAGCUUCAGGGCUGGCAGAAUACGACUACCCAACUAGUGACAAAGCCCUGCUGUAUGAGUAUGAACAUAAGGUCAAUGUGUCUGCCUCAGAUGUCAAAGGCAUGGUAUACAAGUCCCAAGAAAUCCAACGGGAUGAACUGGUAAGUAGCUUUCAAGGCACAUUCCCUUCCACCUAUCAAGAGCCUGACACCUUGGUAACCAUCAACCGAGGGGCCCUGAUUGGCCUCCUCAUCGUAGCAGUGGCUGUUGCCAUGGUGAUUAUCAUCAGCCUCCUGAUGGUUCGCCGAAAGCCAUAUGGGACCAUCAGUCACGGCAUUGUUGAGGUGGAUCCCAUGGUUAGCCCCGAGGAGCGGCAGUUGAGCAAAAUGCAAAACCAUGGCUAUGAAAACCCCACGUACAAAUUCUUUGAGGAGAUGAACUGAGUUCCUUGGGGCUGGGGCUUGUGGCAUGAUUGGGGUGGUGGGCAUGACCAUGUGGAUGGAGGGGUUGGCAUGUAGAACAGGAGAAGGGUGUUUUUUCACUC